CUGUACCGGGUCGAGAAACAACCUCUCGAACACGUGCGAUAAAAAUUACGACGAGAAAAUACUGUUUUUUUUCUUGAAAAUGUAGUAGACUAUACGGAGUAUGUGAGGAUAAUUUAUUGAUUUCAGUGACUUAUAAAACAGUGAAAAUGCAUUGUGGGAAAAUUUUUGUUUUGGUGCUUUUAGUGGUAGUUAAUUGGGUAGGAGUCGAGGGUAAACAACAUAGGAAUAAAGGAGGUGGCAAGCAUAAUUUAAAAUUCCUAAAGAACCAUCGAGGCAUAGGGAACAAUGUCAGGAGAAACGCAAACUCCACAACAGUCGGCUUGUGGCCAUCCGUUUUCAAUUUAGCCACAAAAGCUGACAUUGUGGCUAACGCCACCUGUGGCUCGGACUAUGUGCAAGAGUUUUGCAGACUGGCAGAACCGGAAAGGUGUGGAAUAUGCGAUGAAAACAGUGCAGACCUUGGAAAAAGGCACCCUAUUAUUAAUGCCAUCGAUGGAACAAAUAGCUGGUGGCAAAGCCCACCUCUUAGUUAUGGAAAAGAGUUCGAGUUUGUUUCCGUUACUGUGGACUUAAAGCAGAUAUACCAAAUAGCCUACAUAAAACUAAAGUCAGCAAUAUCUCCACGACCAGCUGUAUGGGUCCUAGAAAAAUCUCUGGAUAACCAACGCUUCGCACCUUGGCAAUUCUUCGCUAGAAACGCAGAGGAAUGCCAGCUCGAAUUCAAUAUGACAGCAACCAAAGGCAAACCUCGGUAUUUCACCGAUACUGAUGUAAUUUGCACCACGUUUUAUUCCAAAUUGAAACCAUUAGAAAACGGAGACGUUUUCAUCUCGUUAAUCGAAGGACGUCCAGGUGAAAGCGAAGCAAGUCCUGAAAUCUUAGAAUUCACCAAAGCAAGAUACGUGCGGUUCAAUUUUAAGGGCCUACACGGAAAUCUGGAUUCUGACCGACUAAAGAACGAUCCCUUAAGGGACAAAAAACUUUUUUAUUCUAUAAAGGACAUUGAUAUUGGGGGACAGUGUGUCUGUAACGGACACGCGGAAAAUUGCCGACAUAAUGUGGCCAGUGGGCAUCCUGAAUGCGAAUGCCAGCAUCAUACCUGCGGGCCAAAUUGCGAAAAAUGUUGUCCAUUGUUCAACCAGAGACGUUGGUCACCAGGUUCAUCGAGAAAUUUGCAAAAUUGCAUUCCAUGCAAUUGCCAUGGACAUGCCAAAAGUUGUUAUUUUGAUGAGGAAGUAGAUAGGGCUGGACUAAGUCUAAAUAUCAUCGGGGCUUAUGAAGGAGGUGGUGUUUGUGAAAAUUGUACGGAUUUUACCACAGGAAUAAACUGCGACAAAUGUAUCUCGGGAUAUUUCCGCCCAUUUGGAGUUUUACCUCAGGACCCCAAUCCAUGUGUCAAGUGUGACUGCAGUCCUUUUGGGACUACUGAGCAAAUAUGUGUUCAGUAUGGUUCUCUAGCGGGAACAUGCAAAUGCAAACCUGAAUAUGAUGGGCCGAAAUGUGAUAAAUGUGCUCCUGGUUUUAGGGGCUACCCCCAAUGCGAAAAUCCUUGCGAUCCUAAAGGUGUAAAAUUAUCUCUAGAAGAUAAUAUGUUAGAUGUUGAACAAUGCACUUGCAAGCAAAAUGUAGAGGGUAAAUUUUGCGAUCGAUGUAAACCAGGAUAUUUUGGACUAAGCUAUGACCAUCCUGGAGGAUGUUUAUCUUGCUACUGUUCUGGGGUAACUAGUUUAUGCGAAUUGGCCAUUGUUAAACCUAAAAAAAUUAACAAUCUGCAAAACUGGCGCCUAACCGACUUAGAUGUGACCGCCUUCGAAAAUGUCACCGUAAGUUAUUCUGGAAUAUUUUCAACUCGCGAAGGCAGCGAUGGUGUUACUCGCUAUUGGUUGGCUCCGAAAGAAUAUUCUGGAAAUAAGUUGGAGAGUUAUGGGUCAAGUUUUGAAUUCACGGUGCGAUGGGAUAACUUCCGAGGAGAUACUAGCGGUGGGCCAACUAUUGGACCUGAUAUGAUCCUUGUUGGACAAAAUGGCUUAAGAAUAGGAUAUGGAGACGACGUGUACUUCUCCGGAAGCCAUGAUUUUAAAAUUCCGUUAAACGAAGGGAGUUGGUACGUAGUACCGAAGGAAGUCCACCAAAUAAAUACCAAGAUGAACAAGGACGAGUAUCAUGGAAGUUCUAUUAAUAGACAUCAAUUUUUGAGUGUAUUAGCUGAUGUUAAAUAUGUUUUAUUGAAAGGAACUUUCCAUACUGAUCAAAAUGAAGCCUUAUUGGAAGAACCAACUAUGAGUUAUGGGUCAGAGGAAUUUAAUUAUGAUACUGGAAGUGUCGAAAAGUGUUCGUGUCCCACAGGUUAUAUGGGCUUAUCAUGCGAAAGCUGCUCUUUUGGUUACGUCAGAAUUAUCCCAGACAAUCAAAUUGCAGAUAAAAACGGUUAUUGUGCCAAAUGUGAUUGCAAUGGUCACUCAGAGACUUGCAAAGAAUCGGGCGAAUGUUUCUGCGAGCACAACACAAUUGGUGAAAAAUGCGAGCGCUGCGCAGCCGGAUAUUACGGUAAUCCUCUGCGCGGUACUUCUGACGAUUGCAGGAGGUGCGCAUGUCCAUUAGAGAACUCAGAGAAUAAUUUUAGUCCUAGUUGCCAAUUGGAUUUUUUCAAUUUGUACAACGAGGGUGGAUAUGUCUGUACUCAAUGCCCUAAAGGGUAUACCGGGGAUCAUUGUGAAAUUUGCGACGAUGGAUAUUUUGGAGACCCAACAGAAAUCGGAAACAGUUGCAAACUGUGUGAUUGCAACGGUGGUCAAUGUGAUAGAAAAACUGGUCAGUGUCUGGCUUGUAAAGGAAAUACCGAAGGAUGGAAAUGUGAAAAAUGCAAACCAGACCACUACGGUGACCCUGUCAACUUAAACUGUAAAGCAUGCGAAUGUGACCUUAUUGGAUCAGAAUCAAAACAAUGCGAUAACGUAACUGGACAGUGCGUUUGCAAGGAAAAAUUUGUUGGCAGGACUUGUGACCAAUGUGAAUUAGGAUAUGGCAACGUUUCCGCCCUCUGUCCGCCUUGUAACUGCAACACCAUAGGAUCUAAGUCCGGAUUAUGCGACGUCCAUACUGGGAUAUGCGAGUGCUUGCCAGGAGUUGACGGUUUCCGAUGCGAUGCCUGUCAAAAUCUACAUUGGGGGUUUUCAGCUGAUGGAUGCCAAGCAUGUAACUGUGACCCAAAUGGCUCGAAGUAUUCAUCGUGCGACCCAUCGACAGGCCAGUGCAUUUGUAAAUCCCAUUACGAGGGAAAAACUUGUGACAGUUGCAAGCCUGGAUAUUGGAAAACCUUAAAAAAAGACUGCAUCAAAUGUCACUGCAACGAGUUCGGCGCACUGGACAGCGUGUGCGACCAAGAGAACGGCCAAUGCAAGUGCAAACCCGGCAUUACCGGACAAAAUUGCGACCGGUGCAUGCCCAAUUAUUUCGGCACCGUCGACACGACUUGCAUAGAAUGUGAACCCUGCACCAAAAAAGGCCACGUAUGCGGUAAAGGAGGCAAAUGCCUCUGCCCACCCCUGACCAUUGGUAAAGAAUGUGAACGUUGCACUCUCAAUGCUUGGGACUACGAACCCCUAAAAGGAUGCAAAGCAUGUAACUGUUCCCACACUGGCUCAACGUCCCUCCAAUGCGAGAAAUUUAAUGGUUUUUGCCCAUGCAAAAUCGGCUUUGACGGAUCUAAAUGUGACAGAUGCGCUUUCGGAUACUACGGGUACCCUAAUUGCAGAAAGUGCUUGUGCAACUCGGUUGGUACAUUGGAGACUGAAUGUCAAAAUGGGUUGUGUCAGUGCAACGAGGAUGGAAGGUGCAAUUGCAAAGAAAAUGUUCGUGGUUCAAAAUGUAACAUGUGUAAAGUGGGUACUUUCGGAUUAUCAAAAGAAAAUCCAAAGGGUUGUAGGGAAUGUUUCUGUUUCAAUCGUAGUGACGAUUGCGAGGACACAAAUUACAAUUGGGACAAGAUCAGAUUCGAAAAGUUUGAAAAUGGAAUUGAAAAUAACGAAGCGAUAAGUUCGGAUACCAUAAGCCUUCCGAAGCAAUUCAUGGGCGACCUAACUACCUCCUACGAUGGCUACCUUAGCGUUAAUGGUACAGGAGGGCGCUUUAGCGUCUUUCUCACCGGUAAUGGUAUUUCCCUCCAAUCGGACGUCAGCACUCAUGAGUUAAGAUUUAACGAAAAAUUUUGGACAGUCACCUCAGGAGAUCUCUUCCCGACAUGCCAGCACGCGCUGACUAAAGAAUGCUUUUUGGUGGUUUUACAGCGGGUUACCAGUGUUGUAAUUCAAGGCCAAGGCAUGGAGAUCGUCGAAGUGCUACUGGACUCUGCUAAACCUUACAUCCCAUACAAUAGAACAAGUCAUUCGAUAGAAAAGUGUGCGUGCCCAAAUGAAUACACCGGCCUAUCCUGUCAAAAUCCAAACACCGGGUAUUAUCGGUAUUUUCCGGAAGAGAGUGACGUCACUAGAACGUCUUGGAUAGACUCUGUGAUUGGGGCGGCUAGGCCAUGUGACUGUAACGGACGCUCCAGCCAAUGUCAUCCAGACACUGGAUUUUGUCAAAAUUGUAACAAUAAUACUGCAGGGAAUCAUUGCGAGUUUUGCGCAAUUGGUUUUUAUCAAGAUUACGUUGGAAACUGUCAGGCCUGUCUUUGCCCAUCUGAAGAGGAUAACAAUGCUGAAAGUUGCGUAGCCAAAAAGUUUGGGUUUGUUUGUCACUGUAAAAAAGGUUACACUGGUUCAAAGUGCGAUUCUUGUAAGGAAAGCUACUACAGAGACACCAAAACAAACAAAUGCGUACCCUGCAGCUGUAACUUUUACGGAAGUUAUUCUAGCGUAUGCAAUGCCAAUGGAAUGUGCGAGUGUAAGCCCGGAUUCCACGGAAAUAAGUGUGGCGAAUGCUUGCAUCCUCGCGAGUUUAUUAAAGAGGGAGUUUGCACACCUUGCGAUGAAUGCACCCAACUGCUCUUUAAGGAUCUGGACCGUUUAUCCAAAGCUUUGGAAGAUAUAAAGGAUAUUUUUAAGGAUGGCUUGAGCGCCCCUUGGAAGUUAUUGGAUUCAUUAAAAACAAGAUAUAAAUGGACAAAUAAGAAAUUUGAUUAUAGAUUCCUUAAGACAAACGAAAUUUUGCUGAAAGGAAAUAUUAGCGGAAUGGAGGAUGCUGUGCUAAACAUUGUGACAAAGGUGGAUGAACUUAAUAAGGAUAUUGCUCUAAGUAUCAAAAAAGCUGAAGAGAAUAUUAAUAAUUUAAGCGAAAUGCAACAAUUUAUAAAAGGCAUUGAAGGCAACCUGUCCUCCUUAAUUCAAACUUUAAGAAAUUUCGGAAAGAAACAUGUUGAUGUCGAGGAAGCCUUUAACAAAGCGACAACACUUGUAGCAGAGAUUCGUGAAACAAUUGAUCCUUUGAUGCAAGAAAUUCAGGAUUAUCAGCAACCAAUCUUGGCGUAUUGUGAUAAAAUUCACAGAGAAGUCGAGAAAAUUUGUCACAAAAGUCCCGAGCUGCCCUAUGAGGACUUAAACGAUAUUAAUAAUAAAAUUGAUGAACUUGAUCUGCUUACAAGAGAGGCAGAGGAAAACAGUGCAGUUGCCGAGCUACAAAACGAUCAAAACAAUGAAGCUAUGCUGAGACUACAAAAUUUAGUCAAAAGCAUUGAAGAAAUGGUUAAAAGUUUAGAAAAGUCCACUGAAAAAAGUCAAAAGAUGGUUGAAGGAAUUAAAAUCUCAAUAGAUAAUUUGGAAACUAACAUUGAAGCGAUGGAAGAGUUUGAUUUUACUAUAAUGGAUGAUUUCAGCGAGAGGAUCGAGAGCUAUGAAGAUGAAAGGCCAGAGUUGGAAGAUUUAGUUGAUCGGGCUUUGGUGCAUGCCGAUGACCUUAAGGGAUUGGUCAACAGUAGAAUUGGUCUACUAAACUUCACAAGAGACGAGACGGAAAAAAUACAAACCAGCACAGCAUACAACGAAAUAUUUGAAGGCAUAAGUGAAGCCAAGGAUCGAGCCAAUAAAGGUCAAGAAGUCUUAAAAGAGGCCAUCAAUCUUAUGUAUCCCAAAGACAGCGAUAGACUUAUUGAUAAGGCAAAUUUGGCUCACUCCAAAUCAGAUAGAUUGGCUCAUCGUAUUACCAAUAUGAGGGAUAUUUCAAAUAAAUUUAACUCUUUACAAAACGACUUGGACACGUUCAAAAACAACAUUAUAGACAGUGGUCGUUUCAAUAAUGAACUAAAUCGACAACUAUUAAAUCUGGAAUACCAGCUAACUUCAAAAGGUGACAUGGUCAGUAAGCUGCACGAAGCCAUGAAUAACAGUAGUAAAAUAGUCAAUGACAUGCGCCGAAUCGAGAACGAUGUCUCUGAACUAAACAUCACAACGAGAUACGAUUUGUUUAAUGAAAAAGAUGGAUUUUUUAAUGCGAGGUCUGAAGCAGAACAAGAAAUUUUUAAAGCAAGUGAGUCUGUAAGGGCUGCCAUCAGAAAAGUCAGUGCUUUACUAGAAAGUAACAAAGAAAUAGACGAUAGUGCGAUUAAAAAUGGUAAAAAAAAUCUGGAUCGAGUUACUUUUAAGAUUGGCGACUUGCAAAAUAAGAUUUUGUAUGCCAGGCAAGCGGCUGAAUCGAUAAAUAUUCCCAUGGGCCUGUCAAAUUGUUCGAUGCUCUACUCCAUCCCCAAGACAGAAAUUUUCAAAAGCUUAGCCAUUACCUUCAAAUGUACCAAUUGCCAACUAUUUAAAUGGGAUCGAGGUGGUAUUAAUAUUAAAAUUAAAAACGGCAGGGCAAUUUUGAGUUACUCUAUUGACGAUCAAAAUGACGAAAUCACCACUGAUAACGAAGGAGAGGUAAAGACAGAAAAGACCUUGUUGGUUCAAAGAGUGGGUUCUUUGUUACAAAUGAGACUGGACGAGGAUAGUUCUUGGAAAAGUGCCAGAAUUGGCUCUAAGGUCCUCGUGGUGGAUCCCAGCGAUAGAUUCCAAGUUGGAGAUGGAUUGCCUGUUCAGAAUAAUGCGUAUAUUUUUAAAUUUACUAUUAACGAUAAUAAUGUUGGGCUGUGGAAGUUUAUCCAGACAUCUGGACACUGCAAAGGUGUUAAGGAACGUUCUGAUGAGAAGAUUGUUGCCGGGGCUCAACCCUUUUUUUCUGGAUAUGGUUACAAGAAAUAUGGAACUGCACCGUUAUCUCCGAUUAAAUUCGCUAUACCGUUUUAUUUCUCGACUUUUGACGAUAACAGCUUGAUUUAUUUGGCGCAUGAUCGUGAGCACCCCUCAGCAUUCAUAGCUCUAACGCUAGAAGAUGGCCAUUUAAAAUUCAACGUGCGCCACAAUAAUGGAAAAACCGUCAGUUUGAAAACCAAUAAGAAAUUUAAUGAUGGCAAGACUUAUUCUGUAGAUAUUGCUAUGGUUUAUUUAAAUAAGAUGCAAUAUUACACCCUGGAAACUGAGAAGAGUCAGGAAACUACUAAAGAGAGGCUUGAUAAUAACGCUGUAUUCCGAAUCAAAAAGGCCGUUCAUUAUGUUGGUGGAGUUGCUCCAACAUUGGACACAUCCAGUCUUAACGUAACCACAAGGUCAUUUUUGGGAUUCUUGCGCCCAAGGGCACAGUUGAGCAAGGAACUGAUCUCGUCAGGUGUUACUGAAAAAACUGGAGAGCUUGAACUUGAAAAAGCCUGGUUUAAUGGUAACGGUACUCUCGAACUCUCUACCAAACUAGUUGAGAGCAGAACUUCUCAAAAGUUAGAAUCUAUUGCGUUUAUAUUAAGGCCAAUGAACUCUAACGCUGGCCUAAUGGAUAUUAAGCAUUUUGGAGCGAUAACUCUCUCAGAUCGUCUGAUUCAAAUUAAUCUCAACAAUGGUGAACAUUACCUAGCAGAUAAGCGAUUAGCAAUGAACCUUAACGACUACAACGUGGUGUCCAUCAUGUUCAAGUCUGGAAUGAUCAGUUUAAGUGUGAACGAUGAAGACGAGAAUCUCUACAGAACUAAAAUUGGGGCAGUUUAUAAUAAUGGAGAUAGAUUGGAUAUGACCAUUGGAAGCGUCGAAGGAUUUGACUCGUUUCAUGGAGGAAUUAGCGAUCUUAGUUUAAAUAACGGAAAACUACCAUUCACCUCCAAAACGGUAAAAGCCUUUACAAAAGUCGAAAUUGGACGCGAAGAUCCCCUCAUUCGUCCUACCACGGUUACCCUUAAGGACCUUAGUACAGUGACCAGUGAUGAGUCGUCGAUGCAAAACACGGAAGGGUGCGCUACCACAGCCAAUUAUGUGACAGAUCCGACAGCAAUCAGUUUCGGCGAUCAACCGAACAGCUUUUUAAAAAUCAAAACGUCAUUUUGGAAGAAGGACUUUAAGUUGGAGUUCGAAUUUCGGACGUUAUAUGAACACGGAACGAUAUUUGUUUCAGCUGGAAGCUCCGCACCUUUACAAUACAACUUGCUAGAAAUCAAAAACGGCCUUCUGAUCUUCCACGUAAACGGGAAACGGAAAAAAAUUCCCAAGAAUUGGCCGAUCACAUUUACAACGAAAGUAAAUGAUGGUAAAUGGCAUCGGGUAAAAUUGGUCAAAAAAAAUAAUAAGAAAUUGCAAAUUUGGCUGGAUGGUGAAGCGAAAAAACCAGUAAGGAUCCCUAAGACAAACGUCAGGGCCGAAAUUUUCUUUGGAGGCAUCCCAAGGGAUUACGUGAUUUCGGGAGAUUUGAAGGAGAAAAUACGGCCUUUUAGAGGUUGCUUAAACAGUCUACAGAUAAACGAGGUACCUCAACUGUUGGGCAAAAACACCAAUGAUAUCAUCUACAGCAAUAUUAGGCAAUGUUUCCCUAAAAUUGAGGAGGGAGCCUAUUUUGGAGGCGACGCAUAUGCCAUCUAUAAAGAGGGAUUCCGUAUCAACAAAAUCCUAGAUCUAACAAUCCAAUUCCGUACCGCAGAACAAAAUGGAAUUCUGAUCACCAUUUCGAACGAUCAAAAUUAUCCGGCCUUAUCGGUUGAAUUGCAGAAUGGUGCCGUGGUAAUGGCCGUGGAUUUGGGCAAUGGAAUGCAAACGAACGUCACUAAUAAUCUGGACAGUGAUUUUGCGUUAUGCGAUAACAGAUGGCACGAGGUGCGAGCAAUGUAUUCCAGUUCUGAACUCACAGUCAACGUGGACGGCAUCAGAAAAAGUUGGGUGCAGAGCGACGUCGAUUCACUUAUGGAUGCGAUUAAUGCGCCGCUGUAUAUUGGAGGAUUACCAGAUAAUGCACCUGCAGGCACUUUAAAAACAAGAGAGAAUUUCAAAGGUUGCAUAAAAUCCGUAAAAAUCGAAAACGAAUCAAAAGACUGGACCGAAAUGGAGGAACUGAAUAGCGUCUUAUUAAGCUCCUGUCCUGUUGUACCUGAACACUGACAGAUAAAUUAAAAGCAUUAUAAACUGGUGCCAUCAGAUGAUUUAUUGUAAAUAUUCCUGAUUUUUAAUUAAAAUUAAUUAAAUGAAAGUAUUAUUUUACCAAUAAAUAGAAUGUCACGUGUAUUUAAUAGUCACUGCCAAUUUAAAUGUAUAUAAUUUAUUUUUUGUACAAAGUAUUAUUUAUGACACUAACAAAUAAUAUAGAGUUUUAAUUAGGUAAAUUUUAUUUGUAAAUAGAGUGUUUUGUAUAUAUUUACAUGUAGGAAGUAGUAAAUUUAUUUAUGUAAUAAAUUUUUUUACAAGUCUUUAA